AAAAAUUAUUCCUUUUUAGGACAAUUAUUAAAUAUUGGAAAAAAACCCUCUGAAUGUUACAAUAACCAUGUUUCGACUGAAAGAAUUACAAAGCCAACGCUUCAAACCAUUGACAAAUUUUUAUCGUACAUACAAAUCUGUUACUGGUGUACAUGGCCUUAAACCACUGACUAAAGACAUCAAGGAGCAAGAUCAAGAUCUUGUCAAAGUCAAAGACUGUUUGAAGCAUUGCCAAGUACAAAAGAUUAUUCAAACAUAUAGAGAGGAAGGCUUUAAAUAUGCCACAAAGGAUCCAUUGGGAAUGUUAAAUAGAGAGACCAAACUUUCGAACUUGAUAUCUCAUAAAUUAAGCGAUAUAGCAAUGACUGAUGUGUUUGACUUACAAGGAAUGCUUCAACUUGGUGAUGCUCAGAAAGCCACAUUUUGUGAUAUUCAGAGACAUUUAGAAGAUAUGUAUUGUGGAAAUAUAUCAUUUGAAGUUAGCCAUAUGACUAAUAAAAUUGAAAGAAAUUGGUUUUAUGAAGUUGCAGAGCAAAAACAAAAAUAUAUUUUAGAUAAUACUUCAAAAAGAUCCAUAGCUGAAGAAUUGCUAAAAGCCCAGGUAUUUGAGAACUUUCUUGCAAAGAAAUUUCCGACAUUAAAGCGUUAUGGUGGUGAAGGUGCAGACAGCAUGCUUUCGUUCUUCAAACAGUUGUUUUCUGAAUGUGCAAAAGGUGAUGUAGAAGAUUUGCUAAUAUCAAUUCCACAUCGUGGAAGACUUAGUUUACUAACAGGAAUGUUAAAUUACCAACCCUCACAAUUGUUUAGAAAGAUCAAGGGGAACCCAGAGUUUUCAACAGAAUACAAAUUUGUUGGCGAUGUGAUCUCACAUUUAACUAAAUCAACAGAUCUUUAUUUUGACGAUAAAACACUACAUGUAACUAUGGUUCCAAAUCCUUCACACUUAGAAGCUAGUCACCCUGUGGUGUCAGGAAAAACAAGGAGUAGACAGUUAUCAAAAAAUUAUGGUCAUUAUGGUGAAAUGAAUGAUGUUGACAAGGUUGUAAAUAUUCAUGUGCAUGGGGACGCAGCUGUAGCUGGACAGGGUAUUGUAACUGAAACAUUAGCAUUUUCAUCACUGCCCCAUUUUGAUGUUGGUGGAACCAUUCAUCUGAUUGUCAAUAAUCAAGUUGGUUUCACCACACCACAGGAGCGUGCAAGCACGUGUGAUCAUUGCAGUGACGUUGGCAAAAUGAUUGGAUGUCCAAUAAUUCAUGUGAAUGGCGAUUAUCCUGAGGAAGUUGCCAUGGCAGCGACAAUAGCGUUGGAUUAUAAAAAAUUGUAUCAUAAAGACAUCUUUAUCAAUAUGCACUGCUUCCGACGUUGGGGACAUAAUGAACUGGAUGAUCCAACUUUUACCAAUCCGUCCAUGUACAAGAUUAUUGAUCACAAGCAGUCGGUCACUGAUUCUUUUAAAGAGAGACUCUCACAAGAAGGUGUUUUGAAUUUGAAUGAAUCGGACAAUAUUAACUCAGCUUAUGAACUGUUCUUGAGUGAAGAGAUGAAUAAGUCUGAAAAUUUUCAACCAACUUGGACUCCAUUUGAAGGUGUUUGGGGUAACAUGAAGCAAGCAAAUCAUGAAAGCACCACUUUAUGGGAUACAGGAUGUGAAAUUGAUCUGUUGAAAUUUGUGGGUGCACAAUCAGUUGACAUAGCAGGAAAAGUAUGCGUUCAUCCACAUUUGGAGAAAACUCAAUGCCAAAGCCGCAUGAAAAAAAUAGAGUCUGGCUUGAACAUUGAUUGGGCGACGGCUGAAGCUCUAGCAAUCGGUACACUAUUGUUAGAAGGCAAUCAUGUGAGAAUUUGUGGACAGGAUGUUGGACGAGGUACAUUCAGUCAUCGCCAUGCUAUGUUUAUUGAUCAAGAAACUGAAGAAAUCUACAUUCCUCUCAAUCAUAUGAAAGAUGAACAACACCUUUUGGAGGUUGUAAACAGUCCACUCUCUGAAGAGGCUGUGCUUGCUUAUGAAUAUGGAAUGAGUAUUGAGAAUCCGAAUAACAUGGUGAUAUGGGAGGCUCAGUUUGGAGAUUUUUUCAAUGGCGCACAAAUUAUAAUUGAUACCUUCGUAUGUAAUGGUGAAGCAAAAUGGCUUCUUCAAAGCGGGUUGGUUAUGUUGUUACCUCAUGGUAUGGACGGAGCUGGACCUGAUCACUCGACAUGUAAAAUUGAAAGAUUCCUACAGUUAUCAGAUAGCAGUGAAACCUUGAUUGAUGGUGACGAUGUAAACAUGCAGAUUGUGAAUCCAACCACGCCUGCGCAGUAUUUCCACGUGCUUAGAAGACAACAAGUACGAAACUUCCGCAAACCGCUAAUAGUUGCAUCUCCGAAACUAAUCUUGAGGAUGUCUAAAGCUACUUCAUCUUUGUCUGAAAUGACUAACGGGACGUACUUUCAACCUGUCAUUGGUGCUCAAGUUGAAGCCAGUACGGUUGAAAAAGUAUUAUUUUGUUCCGGAAAACAUUACUACGAAUUGGAGAAACAUAGAGAAAAAAUUAAGAGGGACGACAUCGCUAUUAUUAGACUGGAGUCUCUUGUACCUUUCCCUGCAGAAGAAUUAAAAGAAGAACUACAAAAAUAUCAAAAUGCAAAAGAUUUCAUCUGGUGUCAGGAAGAACAACGUAAUCAAGGAGCUUGGUCAUUUGUAAACCCACGGUUUAAAAAUCUUCUCAACGUCAAUCUUACCUACUCUGGUCGCGAGGUUCUUGCAACGUCAGCAAUUGGGGUUGGUAAAUGGCAUACUAUGGAGUGCGAACAACUCAUCAAAGAUAUUUUCAGUUGAUCAAUUUUUGGCGGAAACAUUUAAAUAUUUGAUUGGCUGAUGUAAUUUCCCGCAGAAAAAACAUUUAAAGCGCUUUGGUUGGUUGAUGUAGUUUCCGCAGAAACGUUUUAAACGUUUUGAGUGGCAGAUGUGAUUUCUCGCGAAAACAUUUUGAUCGCUUUGGUUGGCUGAUGUAAUUUCUCGCCAACGAAAGUACUGUUGAGUACUACUAAUACCGGAAACAUCGAUGAUAACAUUCGAAAAAAUUUCAAUUUUUGUGAUGAAAAUUUUUGUAUGAAAAUUUUUCUGUUUUUACGGCAAAGUGUAUCUUUUAGAUGUUUAUAUUUCGUUUAUCAACAAAACAGAAAGUUUAUUAAAAACAAUUUUUAAUUCGGAAUAAUUUUAUAGAUAAUUGUGUAGUUUUUUCAGGAAUCUAUUUGCUUCAACACCUUUGUUGAAAAACUUUGAAAUUUUCAUUACAAUAUAAAACACCUCAAAAGUCAUAUAAGACAUUUUUAGUUGCACGGUACCAGUACAGUAUCGGUAAAAGCAUUAGGUGCCAUGCAACUUACUGAGCAACUCUAGGUGCAAAAAGGUAUUUUUUCUUAGGAACCUAAGGCAUGACUCCAAAAAUGGGUAGCUUAUAAAAAAACGUUUGUGAAUGCAUCUGAAAUGUUUCUAAGCAUGUUUUUAAAGUGAUAGAGAAUAUAUCACCAUUACAUAAAAAUCUCUCUCUGGAGAGAGGCGGUCAUUUUAUUUCAUUUUCAUGAAAUCUUCAGUAAUCAUUGAAAUUGCAUUAAUGUGUUUCUGUGUCUGUUAUUAUGUCAAUAAUAUAUAUUUUAUAUGAAGAUUAGGCGAAACAUAACUUCGUCCAUUAAAAUUCGUGUGGCGCAUGUGUGUGGUCACUAAAUUUUUACAAUUUCUGGCGAUCUGGAAAUUUACCAUGUGCAUACUGCGCAUACCUAGAAUAAACUUUGUCCUAAUUUAAGGGAAUUAAUUUUCGCGGAAAUUAAUUCCUGUAAGGUAUUAAAAAUUUAGACUACGAACCAAAUUUUACUGUUUUUUUUUUUUUUUUUUUUUUUUUUUAAAUUUUAU